AUGCCUCACCUCAUUCCAUCAUUGAGCCGGAUAGGAGUCCGAUCACGAGAGCUUUUUAAUAAGUGUAUGAAAAAGGGAAAGAGUUAUAAGAUAAGGCAAGACAAGACGAGGCAAUACAAGGCAAAGGAAGACGAUACAGGACAGGACAAGGCAAACAUUUUCUUCGAGAAAGCCGAUUAG